UCUGACAUUCACACUGUUUCUGCUCCACUUUGUUUCCUGCAGAAUUUCUUCCUGUACUGUUAUGGAGGUGUUGAGUAUUUAAAUUUAGCCGUCAUGUCUUAUGACCGAUAUCUUGCUAUUUGUUAUCCUCUACAAUAUAACACACGUAUGACAUUUAACAAGAUUACUGUUCUUUUUGCUGUAACAUGGCUUGGCCCUUUACUGCUGUGUGUUGUGAUGACAUCAUUGAGUACCUCUUUACAGCUGUGUGGGACCAUUAUUGAGAAAGUGUACUGUGACAACUACUCCAUUGUCAAACUAGCCUGCGAUGACACUUCAGUUCAUAACAUCUAUGGACUCAUUGCUACUUCACUCUCGAUCUUUUGUCCUCUCAUUCUAAUCUUCUUCUCUUACAUGAAGAUCUUUAGAGUUUGUUUCUCUGGUUCUAAACAGACCAGACAGAAAGCUGUCAGUACCUGCACACCUCACCUCGCUUCUCUGCUCAACUUCUCAUGUGGGGCUUGCUUUGAAGUAUUACAGAGCAGGUUCAAUAUGAACAAUCUACCCAAUACUUUGAGAAUUGUGUUGUCAUUAUACUGGCUUACAUGCCAGCCGGUUUUCAACCCCUUACUGUACGGGCUAAAUAUGUCCAAAAUCCAAAUCAUAUGUAAAAGUCUUGUCUUUGCUAAGAUGUAGGCCUCUCAUGUCAGGGCGGCCC